CCUUGCACAGCUGUGAUAUUUCUUUGUUAAAAACAAUGCCUAAAUCGAAAGGCUUAGACGCUAUAAUGUUCUCAAGUAUAUCUAGAGAAUCGGAAAUACUUAAUAAGAACGGAACCACUAAAUUUAAUUUUACAAAUAAUUUACAAAACCAAAAUUUUUCCCAUAUAGCCCCUGCUGACCAAAUUGAUGUUCAAUUCAAUAAUCUAACAUUGUCAAUUAAAGAAGGCAAUAUAUUUCGAAGAAGAGGUACAAAAACUAUUCUUAAUAAUUUGUCAGGUAAAAUGAAAUCGGGACAUUUGACAGGAAUAAUAGGACCAUCUGGUUCAGGAAAAACAACAUUAAUGAGCCUUCUUGCUGGAUCAAAGGCCAAACCCACAUCAGGGGAAAUUUCAAUUAAUGGAAGAGUUAGAGAUUUAAGAAGUUUUAGAAAAAUGUCUUGUUAUAUUAUGCAAGAUGAUCAUUUAUUACCCCAAUUGACUGUUUGGGAAUCUAUGAUGGUAGCCGCUAAUUUAAAGCUAAAUGAGACUCUUACAAAAAAAGUCAAAGAGCAAAUAGUAACUGACAUUCUUUGGCUGAUGGGCCUAUAUUUUAGCCGGGACACUAGAGCAGGGAAUUUAUCGGGAGGUCAGCGAAAACGCCUUUCUAUCGCUAUGGAGCUUGUCAAUAAUCCCCCUGUCAUGUUCUUCGACGAAGCCACUAGUGGCUUAGAUUCUGUUUCGAGUUACCAAUGCCUCAAAAUACUUAAAACGUUGGCUCAAGGUGGAAGGAAUAUCAUAUGUACCAUUCAUCAACCAAGCGCUAGAUCAUUCGAAAUUUUUGAUGAUCUCUAUAUAUUAGUUCACGGAGAUUGCCUAUACAAAGGACCUCAGAAGGAUAUGCUACCUUUCUUGCUAAAACACGAUAUAAAAUGUCCGCCGUUUCACAAUCCCGCCGAUUUCAUAAUGGAUAUAGCUUGUGGCGAAUACGGAGACGUGGUGCCCAAACUGAUCGAAGCUAAUCACAACGCUCAUGGCGAUUUAUUGUCCCGUUUCGAAAAUAUGGAUGACUCUAAAAAAGAAACGGAAGAAACGCGGCCUUUGAUUGGACCUAACGAUAACGAUAAAAGCUGCCUCUCUAAGGAGGCCAAUAGCCAAAGCGUCAUCACAGCUUCAAACCAUACCGUCUUAAAUUUUCAGCCACAAAUCAUCGACCAAAAUAAAUCCAACUACAACUCCCUUGAUAUGGAUCCAAAUAAAAAGGUCACGUCGGACGAUAUGAUCACGAAUAUCACUCUCCAAAAUCAUAAACCAUCCAAAACUCGUGUUUUGUUGGAAAAGCUGCAUUUGACGAAAAAGCAUUACCUCGAUAACAGUUCCGAUGCAGCUAAGAAAGAAAGUUCUAGAUGCUGUUGUUACACUUGCUAUACCAAUAGUGGUACGGAAGCUCCCGACAUAUACAACAUCCACCACUCGCCUCCCAAAUCGAAGCUCAACGUCAGUUUUUGGGUUCAGUUCAAGGUUUUGCUUGUCCGUUCUUUCCUCACCAUCUUACGAGACACUACCCUCACGCGUUUAAGAUUUGGUUGUCAUUUAGCCGUAGGCUUACUAAUAGGCUUGUUAUAUUACGGCAUAGGAAACGAAGCUAGCAAGGUUUGGAACAACAGUGGCUGCCUCUUCUUUUCCAUGCUUUUUAUCAUGUUCGCAGCGCUUAUGCCUACUGUGUUAACGUUUCCCAUUGAAAUGAUGGUAUUUAUCAAAGAGCACCUUAAUUACUGGUACAGUUUAAAAUGUUAUUACCUGGCUAAAACGUUGGCCGAUCUCCCUUUUCAGAUCGUUUUCCCGCUCAUAUAUUGUACCAUAGUUUAUUGGAUGACCUCUCAGCCUAUGGACAUGAAAAGAUUCGUCCUCUUUCUAACGUUAGCGACUCUCACGGCCCUCAUAUCACAAUCUCUGGGAUUGAUUAUUGGCGCUGGCCUGAAUUUACAACUGGCCGUUUUUCUAGGUCCGCUGACAGCCAUCCCUAUUCUGUUAUUCAGCGGAUUUUUCAUAAAUUUCGACACGAUCCCGCCUUACCUGAGAUGGGUUUCGUACGCCUCCUACGUUAGAUAUUCAUUCGAAGGCGUUCUCCUAGCUAUAUACGGCUUCGACCGAGCACCACUGAAGUGUACCGAAAAGUUUUGUUUCUUCAAGCGUUCCAAGGACUUUUUGGAACUCAUGGACGUCGAUAAUGAAUCCAAUUUCAAGCUCGAUUUCAUAUGCCUCAUUUCUUUUUUUGUAGGGCUAAGAAUAUGCGUUUACUUCGUGCUUAAAUACCGGGUGCUUAGAUCAAAAUGGUGAUUGAAAUUUUUUUAAAAAAAAGGUAUUCUCCCCUUCUUUUUAAGAAUGACCCUAGAAGUUAUUGAGGUGGGGGUCUAACAAUUUUAUAUUUGUAAAACGAUAUCAUUUUCGCAAGGAAAAAUUCUGGCGGAAUGACCGAAAAAUUUAGUAACUUGCGUAAAGAACAGCUGUUAAAAUGAAUUGAAAAAAGACACGUAAAUACAUACGAAAUCUCCAAAACAUCGCCUAAACAUUUUUACGAAUAUUUUUUUAUAUAUAUUUGCGGAGGAGUGAAUAAAAUAUACCUACCCCACCCCCCUCCCAUUUCAUAAUUAUUCUUCAUGUUCUAAAUAUUUCGAUUCAAGUUAUACUUCUUUCCAUUGAUAAUUUUAUAAAUCGUCGCCUGAGAAUUAGAUUAUUCCAUCUCCCCUUUUUGUAAUUUUACAGGUAAGUAAUUAUAAAAAUUAGGUUUCUAUUUUUCAAUAUGAUAAUAUAACCUUAUAUUGGCUAUAAUUUAACUUAUUUUAUAAAUAUUUAGGAUUUUAUUUUGGGCAUAAUGAAAGUACAAUUAUAAAUAAUUGAUUUAUUUUAAAAAGUCGUUUUUGACAAAAAAUAAAUUACAUAUGGAAUAACUCAAUUCUCAGGCGACGAUGUUUUGAUUCAAGUUAUAUUUCCAUCCAUUGAUAAUUAUUUUAAAAAUAAUAACCCAUUUCUAUCGAUAAUAAAAUUAUUUAAAAAGAGGUAUUUUUAUAUUAAAAAAAAAUAUACCAAAAAAGUUGCUUUUAUUUAAAAUAUUCAUGCCAUUACCAAAACAAUUUUUGUAUAUAUAAAAAAAAAUCAUUGAAUUUUGAAAAUUUUUACUGUACCUUACUACUUUAUUUGUUAAAAAAAAAUCACAUUGUGUUCCAAAACAAUAUUGAACAAAUGUUAUAGACAUUCCUAAUUUCCGCGCAUAAAACCUUAUAAUACAAUAUUUAAAAAAACUCAAUAUUAUUUUAUAUUUUAAUUUUAUAUUAAAAAUUCCCUACAUGUCUAUCAUAUAAUCCCCCCCCCCCAAUAUAUUCUCAUGCUUUACCCUGCAUUCUACUUCGCGAAUCCUUGCAAACUAUGAAUGCAGAGUUAUAUGGAAAUGGUAUAUUUUUUAGGACUGAGUAAAUUUCAAAAUGAAAAAUACUUUUUUUUAAACAUUUUUCUUUUAUUAUUCCUCCUUGUAAAAUAUUAAAAUUAUAUACGAGAAUUCAAAUGUGUGUGCAUAUAUAUAUAUUAUAUUCUUUUGUUCAGCAAAUUUUAUCAAUUAUUUUUUUAUACUUAUAAAAAUGGAUUUUUGCUCAUCUUAUUUGGACUUCUAACCAUAACAAAAUAAAUAGGAAUUGAAGAAAAUAGUGAUAAAAAAUUGAUUUAUUUUUUUCAACCAAACGUUUUCUUCCAAACGAAAGAAUCUAUCUAUUUUAAGAGAUAAUUAUUCGAAUCUUCCAUGUUUUUCAAAUUUUAGCUUUGUAUUUUUUUUGUUUCACUUACGGAAAGAAAAAUUACCUCUUGUUGAAAUUGCCUUUCACACAUAAGAUACUUUUUUACGUUACAGUAUGAUUUUUUAAAAAUUUUUUCUCAAAAUACUACAUCACAAUAUGUUAAAGAUUGUAUUACAUAUAUAUAUAUAUAUAUAGUAUAUUUAUUUAUUUUUUACCAAAGAAAAAUACAUUUUAAGGAUAACAUUUUGAUAUCUCUAUUAGCCCCCCGAUGUAAUGAUGGUUGAUAUAUUUUUUUUAACAUUAGUGAAAAAUAUUUUUUACAAAUUGUGUAAUAAUUUUCUGAGCCCAUUUCUAUAUUUAUAUAUUUAUAUGUAUUUUUUUUUAUUAUAAAUAUUAUAUAUUUCAAUUUUGAUUUAAAAAUUAUUAUUUAACCAUGAUAUUUUUAAUAAAUUAGGUU